UACGUACGUGCUGCACAUGCGAACCACACCUAUCUAUCUGCAGCCCAUGAUCAUGGUCGAGAUGCUCACAUGGCGCAAGCAAUCGAGCUAUAUCGAAGCCACAUGGAAGUAAUCGAGUAACAGUCCCUUGGAGGUUUCAAACUCCUUUCUCCCUCCGGUUGUUCGUGCCAGAAAGCAUCGAGGAUCAGAAUAAGGAAUCUGCGAAAAUGCUGGUUGUAUAAAUAGCAGAGCCGGACAAGAUGGAAAGAAAGCAACACAACAACUGAACACAGAGAACAAGGACAAGAGCUAGCGAAGCUCAAGUCAAGCUUAGGAAGAUGGGCUUGCUCCUGCUUCUUCAGUUCCUCCUUGUCGCCGCGGCGGCGAGGGCUCCGGCGGCCCAGGCGUGGGGCAAGGAGGGACACUACAUGACCUGCAAGAUCGCCGAUAGUUUCCUGACGGAGGCGGCGGCGACGGCGGUGAAGGAGCUGCUGCCGGGGUGGGCCAAGGGGGAGCUGGCGGAGGUGUGCUCGUGGGCGGACACCCAGCGCUUCCGGUACCGCUGGUCCAGCCCGCUGCACUUCGCCGACACACCCGGUGACUGCAAGUUCAACUACGCCAGGGACUGCCACAACACGAAAGGGGAGAAGGACAUGUGCGUGGUCGGGGCGAUCAACAACUACACGGCCGCGCUCAAGGACUCUGAAAGCACAUUUGAUCCGACGGAGAGCCUGAUGUUCCUGGCGCACUUCGUGGGCGACGUCCACCAGCCGCUCCACUGCGGCCACGUCGCCGACCUCGGCGGCAACACCAUCAUCGUCCACUGGUACAGACGGAAGAGCAACCUGCACCACGUCUGGGAUGUCAACGUCAUCGAGACGGCCAUGAAGGACUUCUACAACGACGACCAAAGCACCAUGAUCGACGCCAUCCAGCGCAACAUCACUGACGAGUGGUCCAGUGAAGAGAAGCAGUGGGAGACUUGCCGGAGCCGAACAAAGACCUGCGCCGACAAGUACGCCCAGGAGAGCGCGGCGCUGGCCUGCGGCGCAUACGAGGGCGUGGAGCAAGGUGACACCUUAGGAGAUGACUAUUUCUUCUCGGCGCUGCCCGUUGUUCAGAAGAGGAUUGCCCAGGGAGGCGUGAGGCUGGCUGCGAUUCUAAACAGUAUAUUCAGUGGGAACAGCAGGCUGCAGAGCAUCUGAAAAUCCGAUAGGAAUUACGCAAGAGAGGAAAGAAUUGACCUGUAUUGUGAAUUAGAGAAUUAGUUCAUCCUGUUUGACUGGUAACUUUCACUAAAUCAUGAUUUCAUGAUUAGAUGUACUCCUUAUUUUACAUUCAUCAAAGCGGCUUAACUGCUGCAGUAAAUCAUGAUGCCUGUAUGUACGUAAAAGAUGAUAUAUUCAUAUACUCCAUCAUUGUACCA